AUGAAUCUUUUCCGGAAGCGAGACAAGCAGAAGAUCGCGUCCGUCGCCGACGACAGAGUGCGGGACAACGGACAGAAUUACCUUGGCCACGGCAGCUCCAAUGGCCCUAGUUUUACCUUAUCAGAGGCCGACCUGCCAGCUAAAGGCGGCAGCGGCGGCAACACCUCGCGGAGUCGAAAUUUCAAGGCGCUCAAGGCUUUCGGCGGCGGCGGCAACGGGAGUGGCAAUGGCAACGGCCGACGCGGUGCAACAAAUCCAACACCGGUGGUUGCGGUCUCUGCGACCGCAUUAUCAGCGCGGCUUCUUCAGACAUUUCCGGAGGACGUACUAGCUCGCAUAUUUGUCUUUGUAUGUCCACAUAGCCAGGACCGGACCUACGAGAAGUGCGAGGACUCUACCUUUGGCGAUUGCAUACUCUGCGACACGCGGGACCUGGCACACUGUGUGCACGUGUGCCGACGGUGGCGGCCUGUCGCCGAGCAGGUUUUAUAUACGAGCAUCCGCAUAGACACCGUCCAUUACUGUGCACGCGAAGCCAUCCUCGCCGAAAAGCGCAAACGCCGCUCUUUCUUCGACCGCAACGCCGAGCCCGAAGACACACCGGACGCCCGCCUCAAGCUCCUCUGCCGCACCCUCCGCGAUGGGCCUACACACCGUCUCGCCCCAUAUGUCCAGUUCCUCAAGCUCCCUUACAUGCUGCGUGAGUCACGGCACCCCGAUAUUGCACGAACCGUGUCCGUGCUGCAGAACCUGCGCUACGUCGACCUGCCCGAGGGCUUGUUCAUGGACGAACCCGCCUACCUCACACUCAAGUUGGAGAUCGAAGCCAAGUGCCCUGGGCUGCGCAAGAUGACGUACAUGGGCGGCGCGGAGCGGAGUCUUGAGGCGCUCGCAUCGGGCAACCGCUGGUGCAACCUCGAAGUGCUCGAGCUGGUCAAGAUCGCAGUCGACCCGGCGAUGCUGCGCCACGUGUUGUGCUUGCUGACCGAGCUCCGGGCCCUCAAGGUGACAGAGCCAUCGGCAGGACCGCAUACGUUCUCGGAUGAUGUGCUUGUUUCCGCGCCUGCGGACGGCGUUGCCGGGGGGCCACCACACGAUUUCUACACCACGAGUCUGCCGCCGUUGGAGGAGCUAGUGUUGACCAACACCCAGAUGCUGACGUCUGAGGGUCUGCAUGCCUAUCUGAGCCGGCCUGAGUCGGGUCGCGCCCUGAAGGUCCUGACGCUGAACAGCACGGGCGUCAAGCCGUGGUCGUUGCGCGGCUUUCUGGAUCGCACGCCGAAUCUGCGGCACCUGACAGUUGUCGACGAGGUCACAGCAGCACUGCCGAUUGCCGCAAACACAAAGGACAUCCAGCCUCUGGCGUCGGCGUCGCUACGAACGCUCAACUACGAGAUCGCGCCUGCCAAAGGUGUCAGUCCGUACGCAGGCGUGACGCGGUCGUACUACAACUACCUCUCCGGGUCGAUCUUGUCGGGCGGCCUGCCCAACCUACGGGCCGUGCACGUGCGCGAUGCGCAGUUCCCCGAGUCCCUACUCGGCGACCUCCCUCUGCCGGGCCCAAUAGGCGGCGCUGCGUUUGGCGACUUUGGUGGCGGCGGCAGCAACAACCGGCGGCCGGCCUCGGCCUCCGCAACUGCUAGCUCGGCGUCAGGGACAGCAUCGGCACUCAACUCACCCCUGUCGACGGGCAGCCUCGGCCAAUUGCACUCGCCCGUGGGCUUCCUCAGCCCGCAGUCGCCUAAUUUCCCACAAUCUACCGUGCCGCGCACCCUUCCGGCCAAUGCCGGCGUCAGCAACAUCAGCAACGGCAUGAAGCCGCCUUCGACCAAUCCCUUCCUCGACCCGCUCAGCGCAUCUCCACCAAAGCCGUGGGUGGCCGGCCACAACCCGCGCUUCAGCAGCAACAACCCGUUUGCGGGUAUGAUCUCGCCGCAAAAGGUGCAUACGCUCGAGGUGUUUACCAAGGGCGAUGACGACAACGACUGGAGCUCAAUCAUUGUCGGCGAUGGCGCGUUUCCCUUCUUUGGUGCCGGUAUGAACCUGGGCGGAGGCAAUGGCAGCUCAAGCCGGCCCGUUAGCAGCUACGGACUCGGCGCCGACCUCGGCGCGGUGGGAGGACGCAAGAGCAUACUCAUCAACAUGGGCCCGGGCAACUUUUUGGCCGUACCCGAUGCUGAGGUUGGAGGUGGUGGUGGGAGAGGUGGAGGUGGUGGUGGCGGCGGCGGCGGUGGCUUCGGAACCAACCUUGCCAGUAGUCCUAAGCAGAGUCCGGACCUGUGGCCGCGGCCCGUCACUGUGGGCGAGAGCCGUAGUGAGAAGCGGGACCUAUGGCGGUAA